UGUUCUGUGGCAAAUGGGGUGGGGGCAAAAUCGCGAAGUUUCGAAGCGCGGGCAACAUCCGGGCAACAUCUGGCGCCCUCGCUCUGAGGCGUGCCGUGUGACGUUACUUUUUAGGAAUUGCAGCCAUGCUGAAAUGCGUGAUGAGCGGCAGUCAGGUGAAAGCUUGCUUUAAGAUCUGUGAAUUCUUGUCGGUCAGCAUAUGGAUGUGUCCUCUUCUCUCCUGUGUUUUUUCAACAUUAUCAAUGGUCAACCUCAGUGAAAAUGAAUGAUACUGACAAAAUAUUGAAUUUAAAUUGCAGAUUGGGAAUGAAGUCAAUUCUGCCCAUCUUUAGAUGUCUGAAUUCCCUAGAGAAAAAUGUGGAGAAGUGCAAAAUAUUUACCAGAUCUGAUAAGUGCAAAGUAGUUAUUCAGUUCUUCUGCAGACAUGGUAUUAAAAAGAUUCAUAAUGUGUGUUUUCAAGAAAGUCAGCCUUUGCAAGUUAUUUUUCAAAAGAAUAUGUGUGCUAAUACACUAGUGAUUCAACCAAGGUUGCUUGCUGAGGCAAUUGUUCUGUUUACAUCGAGUCAAGAGGAAGUUACUCUUGCUGUUACUCCACUGAAGGUUUGCAUUAAGAGUUCUAAUGAGGAAUCAAUGGAACUGACCGAUUCUGUAUACAGUGAGAUGUUUGUUGGUCCAGAUGAGUUUGACUUCUUUCAAGUUGGAAUUGACACUGAAAUAACAUUUUGCUUCAAAGAACUGAAGGGAGUGCUGAUAUUUUCAGAAGCUAUACAUGCUCCUAUAGCCAUUCAUUUUGACUUUCCUGGGAAACCAAUGGCUUUAAGUAUUGAUGAUAUGUUAUUGGAAGCCAACUUUAUUUUGGCUACAUUAGCUGAUGAGCCAAGUAGAGCAUCUUCUCCUCGAACACUGUGUCUUUCACAAAAACAAAAAAGGUCAGAGCCGAUACAUUCAAAUUCAAAGGCUGGUAAAAAUGUAACCAGCAAGGUCCCAGAGUAUAUCUCAAGAAAAGUAGAACCCAAAAGGCUGUAUUCUAAUGAGACUCCCACGAACAGUUCUACAUUGGAGAAUUGUGGCAGCCCUUUGAUGAAAAGAGCGAACAAAGACAUUACUGAAGUAUCCGAAAGCGAUGGCGAUACUAGUGAAGUACCAGAAAGCAAUGUCAGCGACGCGGAAGAUGUGCCAGGGUCGCCAUGUCUCAGGAAGGUAAAGGAACAGCACUGAGACAUAACUAAGCCAAGGUCAAGAGUUCUUGUUGUCCAUCUCCCUUUUCAGUACCCUGCCUCAGCCCACCCCCAAGAUCCUGGAAAUUAAUUUCCUUAUUUUUUGAUGGGGACAGCGGAAGCCAGUCUGAGAUGGAGAAAAGGCUGAUUUAUACAAUGU